GCAGGGCGGUGAGCUGAGAGAACUCUCGGGAAGAGGGGUGCUCCACAGUGAAGGGCUGCUGAGACCUUGACAUUCUCAGGAAGGAAGGGAGCCCAGCGCGGCCAGAACAGGAGCAGCCGGCUCGACCGCCAGCACGGUGUAGGGGGCAGGCGCGGAUCCCGCCACCGCCGCGCGCUCGCCGCCGCCGCCGCCCGGCUCCCGGCCUCCCGCUCUCCCCUCCGCCCUCCUGCCUCCGGCCUCCGCGCGUGCUGCCUGCCUGUCGCGACCCGGCUUCGGGCCUCAGGUCUGACCCCGCGCCCCACGCCAUGCCGAGGGAGAGAAGGGAGAGGGAUGCCAAGGAGCCUGACGGCAUGAAGGAGGAGAGCGGCGCCGAUGUCUCUGCUCACUCCAGGAAGAGGAAGGCGAAUGUGGCCGUUUUUUUGCAGGACCCAGACGAGGAAAUUGACAAAAUCGACAAGUCCGCCAGAAGCGAGAGCGGCGGUCAGCCUUGGGACGGCCGCGCAGCCUCCGAGAACCCGUGCUCCCUGAUCCCCACGCCAGACAAAGACGAGGACGAGCUGGGGUUCCCCAGCUCUGCGCACAAGACCCCCAUCGCCAGGCCGGCCCGAGCCACGCCCCUGCCCAUGCUGAACUGGGCGAACCGCGAGGAGGUCUGGAAGAUCAUGCUGAACAAGGAGAAGACGUACCUGCGGGACACGCACUUUCUGCAGCGGCACCCGCUCCUGCAGCCGAGGAUGCGGGCGAUUCUGCUGGACUGGCUGAUGGAGGUGUGCGAGGUCUACAAGCUGCACAGGGAGACGUUCUACCUGGCGCAGGACUUCUUUGACCGCUACAUGGCCACGCAGCACGACAUCGUGAAGACGCUGCUGCAGCUCAUCGGCAUCUCGUCCUUGUUCAUCGCCGCCAAGCUCGAGGAGAUCUACCCUCCCAAGCUGCACCAGUUCGCGUACGUCACGGACGGGGCCUGCUCGGGGGACGACAUCCUCACCAUGGAGCUGAUCAUCAUGAAGGCUCUUAAGUGGCAUUUAAGCCCCCUGACCAUCGUGUCCUGGCUGAACGUGUACAUGCAGGUGGCCUACCUGAACGACCUGUACGAGGUGCUCCUGCCGCAGUACCCCCAGCAGGUCUUCGUCCAGAUCGUGGAGCUUUUGGACCUCUGCGUCCUGGAUGUCGGCUGCUUAGAGUUUUCCUACGGCGUCCUGGCCGCCUCCGCGCUGUACCAUUUCUCCUCGUGCGAGCUGAUGCAGAAGGUCUCCGGGUUCCAGUGGAGCGACGUGGAGAAGUGCGUCAAGUGGAUGGUGCCCUUCGCCAUGGUCAUCAAGGAGACGGGCAGCUCCAAGCUGAAGCAGUUCCGGGGCGUUCCCGCCGAAGACGCCCACAACAUCCAGACGCAUCUGGGCAGCUUGGACCUGCUGGACAAAGCCCAGGCGAAGAAGUCCAUGUUGUCUGAACAAAAUCGGGUUUCUCCUCUCCCGUCCGGGCUCCUCACCCCGCCGCCGAGCGGCAAGAAGCAGAGCGGCGACCAGGACGCAGCGUGACACUCCAGCCUCCUCACCAAAGACAGUCGUGCCCAGCCGCCCGCGCCCGUGCCCGCGGGCCUGCGCCCGGCGCCGCCUCGGCCGCCCGGACUCCCCGGGAGAGCGUCCGCUCCCGAAGCACAGGUGCUCCGCGAAUGGCGCGGGGCGGGGAGAGGCGUCCUCACGGCCGCUCACGUUCCUCUCCUGAGCGGGGCAAGGGCCCCGGCUGCCUCCAGAUGCUGCUACGGAGGGCGCCGCUCGGCCCGACGGACACUGAGGCCGGGAGCCGAGGGCGCGCGGAGCUGCCGCCUCCCCGCGGGUGUGCUGGGUGCCCUGGGUGCUGGUGCUGUGCGGGGUCGGUGCGGGCGCUGGGACACGGCCAGCGCGCUGGGCCCGCCCUCCGCGUUAUCAGUUGACAAUGUACAACGCUUUCUAUGAACUGUCGUUUCCGAGUGCUGCUACGUCUGUCUGUUUUUAAUAAAGGUGACACUGUCUCUGAGACAGCCGGUUCCACGAGCCACGCCUGGUCACUCCAGUCAGCGGUCACUCGGUGGCCCGAUCCUGGCGUGAACUGCCCGCUUCCCGAGGCCCACGCUUCCCUGCGAGCGCGUUUCACAGGAAACUCGGGGGACGCCCAGGGUGCUGCCUCACUGCUUCGGGGCCCAGGGCUGGGCGGGGGGCACCCGUCCGGCCCCUCUCCCAGGGGUCCGCAGGGGCCUCCUCCCACCCUCAAGUUCGGUGGGGAGGACUCCACAUGGUGGCCGGCGACCACCGUGACAGAGGAAAUGCCGAGUGGGGUGCGCGCAGCCCAGGGCCGGGGUGCGGGACAGGCUCCGACCCCGGCCCCCGACUGGCUCCCAGAGGGCGGCACCAUCCCUCGGAGACCUGGGGUGCACGGUUCACGCUGUGCGUGUGUGACACACUCGGCGCGGAGGCCGCGCCCAGG